AUGGACCAAAUUCCGGGCACACCACCAGUUUUGAAGGGCCCAGAGUCGAAGAAGUACACCCAGUUACCGUUUAAGCCGAGCGUAUCACCAGAAUUGAUUCCAAAAUGGUUCAAGAUGCCAGACAUACCAAAAUAUGAUGGGACUUCAGAUCCUCAGGAGCACGUCACAACUUAUACAAACAACAACAACAACCUAGUGCACGUGGCUCAGUAUACAACUUAUACAACGGCGGUGAAAGGAAACAACUUGGAUCAGUAUGAGAUUGAGUCAGUUCUACUGAAAAUAUUCGGAGAUGCCCUCACAAAAUGGGCCUUGACAUGGUAUUCGCUUUUACCUGAACACUCAAUUGAUUCUUUUGAAAUGCUCAUAGAUUCAUUCAUAAAGGCCCAUGCUGGGGCCAGAAAGGUCCAAGCCCGGAAGGCGAACAUAUUCAGGAUCGCACAGGGUGAGUCCAAAUUGCUGCGAGAGUUUGUUAUUAGGUUCUAUAAAGAGAGGAUGCUGGUACCGAUCGUACCAAACGAGUGGGCAGUGGAGGCAUUCACUAAAGACCUGCGAUCUUCCAAAGACCGAUUGUUGCCUUACGAGAGAGCUGAAGGACGCAGCAGCAAAGGGUUCCAGUCCUCUGAUAGGUUUGCUCCCGAUAGAAGAACUGACCGCGAUCAGAACAACAGGUCGCUACAAGAAAAAGAGGUACCGGGGACCCAGGAUUCCUCAUAUCCCAGGCUGUCAGAUUAUAAUUUUAACAUCAGAGUAGUGGAGCUGGUAUCGGCAAUGAGAAACAUCAAGGAAGCACGAUUCCCGAGGCCAAUCAGAUCUGAUCCCAGCUAG